AUGGAAAGGUACAAAAUUUUGAAAACUGUUGGCGAUGGCACUUUCGGGACUGUCUAUAAAGCAGUCAAUAAAUCAAACGGUGAAGUCGUAGCUAUCAAAAAGAUGAAAAAGAAAUUCUACAACUGAGAUGAAUGUCUCGCCCUUCGAGAAAUCAAAUCAUUGCGAAAACUGUCUCAUCAAAAUAUAAUUAAGAUGAAAGAAGUGAUCCGUGUCAACGACGAGCUGCACUUAGUCUUCGACUAUUUGGACCAAAAUGUAUAUGAACUCAUUAAAGGUAGAUCUGAUUACCUGCCUGAAUCUCAAAUUCGGUCCAUUAUGUAUCAAACCUUCCUAGGACUGGCUUAUAUGCAUAAACAAGGAUUUUUCCACAGAGACCUGAAGCCAGAAAACCUUAUGGUCCACCAAGAGAUAUGCAAAAUCGCUGACUUUGGACUUGCAAGAGAAAUUAGGAGCAAGCCGCCGUAUACAGAUUACGUAAGCACCAGGUGGUAUAGAGCGCCAGAAAUUCUGCUGAGGAGUACAAAUUAUAAUUCUCCUGCUGAUAUUUUUGCGAUGGGAUGUAUAAUGGUUGAGCUUUAUAAUUUAAGACCUCUAGCUCCAGGUAAUAACGAAAAUGACCAAAUGUUUAAAUUUUGUACAGCAUUAGGAACGCCUUCUCCUUCUGAUUGGGCUGAAGGGUAUCGUCUCGCUUCACAGAUGGGUUAUCAUUUUCCUCAAGCUACUGCAGUUCCAUUGAGAACUUUAGUUCCUGGUGCUUGUAGUGAAGCUUUGUCUUUAUUAGAACAACUAUUAACUUGGAAUCCUCAAAGCAGGCCGACAGCUUCAGACUGUCUCCAACACCCUUAUUUCACUAAUUACCAGCCAAUUUUGUCAGGUCAGCCUACUCCUCAAGCAGAAGACCCAACUUCUCGAGGAAAUAUAGAAAGUAGAGGAAAAGGACUGCCUUCAGCUUUUCGUAGAACUAAUUCAAAAUGGUCGCAGGGAAGCUCUAGAAUUGGUGGGGGAAGCUCUAAAGGAAAAUGAAAUAUCAAGGCAAAUAUCCCAGUUGUCGAUAAAAAAGAUUUUGUGUUACCAAAAUUGCCUGAGGUUGCAGAAUUAUAGCUUUUUCCUUUAAAUUGCCCAUUUGGUUAAAGGCUAUGAGAUAUCUAUAGGAAAUUCUUAUAUCAAACUUUGGAGUUGCUAAAAGAAAUCCUCCUAAUAAAUAUAUGCCUGAAAAUAAUGCACAAGGACUGUCAGGGCAACAGCGAGAAGAUUUAUACCUGCCACCAGUUGUAAACCCAGGGUCUGGAAAAAUGCUGCCGUCAGUUUAUGAUAGACAGCCACCAAAAGACUUCAGCAUAUACAAUCCUCCCUCAAAUUUUGCCUUAGAUAGACAGCCGCUACGAGAAUUCGGCGAAAAAAAUCCUAACAAUAAGCCACGCGAUUUUUCAAUUGACAGACAAGACUACGAUAUCUAUGGAGUAAAAGGCCAAAAUAACUAUUCGCAUGACAAAAACACGCCAGGAGAACGAUAUCCAUCUGGAAAUGGAGGUUUAGGUCGAGGAUUUUUAGACAAACUGCCUAAGUACAACCCUCCAGCAUUUCCAUAUAUGAACCAGCCGAAAAAGCUUCCGCCUGUAGGAGGGCUUUCUGGGAUAGGAAGCAAUAUUAUGGGGUCUAAAAUGCAGAUGCAGCCCAGAGGAAUGCAGAAAGCGUCUAUGCUGCCAGCUCUUGGAAGACAUCGAUAUUAG